ACAGUAUUUGCUUUACACUGCAACGUACUACGCCAUAUGCGUACGCUGUAAUACGCGCGCGCAGGUAAACCUGGCUCGACGGUAAAUCAUUUAGCCAGCAGCUCACGCAAAGGCAUCCGCCCUCGGCGGGAGAUUUCAGCUCCAGGCAUAAAUAUGUACAGUACCUCCAGGCUCCAAAGUCCAUAUUACCUCCAAACUUCCAAAGUUUGAAGUUUCAGACUGUACUCGUAGUGACUGUAAUGAUGUGAUCUAAUGCACUACAAAGUAAAUAUUAAAAACAAAGUUUAAAAUAUUUUCAUGUUGUGGGAAAUCCAAAUCUAGGAAACGUAUGCUGGGCUGCCGAAGCUCUUGUGCUGCUGUUUAAAUUACUACUCUAGUGUAAUGCAUUUUCUUAAGGAUCCCCUAUCUCAUAUCACAUCAGAUAUGCAUAGUGCGUGAUUUAACCGUUUAAACAUUUCCUUGAUUUGGAACCAGACACGGCAGACGAUAUUUUACUUUGUAUUCCUUGAAUCAUUGGUGACGGUUUCCGUUUGCUGCCCAACGUCACACAGCCCACAGGUUCUAUGUCUAAACAAUGGCGUGUUUUGAUCUCUAAAUCCCGGGAUGUAUACCUUAAUCUGGCAUGGGAAGAUUGGCUGUAUCGCAGGGAAAACUUUAUUAACCAGAACAUGUUGCUCCUAUGGCGAAACGAUCCUUGUGUCGUGAUUGGUCGUUAUCAGAAUCCUUGGAAAGAAGUGAACGUCUCAUCCGCGAAGAUGCUGGGUAUCUCCAUAGCGCGACGCUUUAGCGGGGGCGGCACUGUGUACCAUGACCUGGGCAAUGUGAAUUUUACUUUUUUAACUGAAAGGAGUUUGUAUAAUCGACGGAAAAAUUUGGAGUUUAUUGUGGAUCUGUUGAGGAAAGACUACAAUGUGCCGGCGACGGUAAACAAGCGGGAUGACAUUGUGGUCAAUAAUUCCUUGAAAAUUUCCGGUACGGCCGCCAAGCUUGGACGCACCACAGCCUAUCAUCACUGCACGCUUUUGGUAUCCGUUAUUAAAGACCAGUUACAUGCGGUGUUGUCUGCAAAAAAUAAAGGAAUAAGAACAAACGCCACGGAAAGUCUUCCAAGUCCUACAGUCAAUUUAGCGGAAAUUGUGGCCGGGAUUGAGUGCGAAACUUUGAUACACGGAUAUGCGAAAAGUUUUGCCGCGUUGAAUGAGUCUUUUGUAGACAAUGUGAUGGUGAAGGAAGUCACUCCAACCAAUGUUGAAUAUCCAGGUCUCUCCACAGUUGCCGACGAUCUACGCAGCACGGAUUUUGUAUUCGGGAAAACCCCCAAAUUUAACAUUGUCAGAGAGUACCUGCUACCCAACGAAGGAGCGGAUGCGCUACGAUUGUUAUUCGAUAUUCUGGUGGAUAAAGGUGUUGUACAAGGGGCAAAUAUUGAGGGAAACCUGCAUCCCAGUGUAAUGUCGGCAUUACGGUCCGUGUGCGCACAGCUCGACGGUAUUGCUUAUGACUCCCAUCUGAUGUGGUCAGUUUUUGAAAAAAGCAUGUUAUUAUCGCCGUUUAACGAGCCUCCCGAAGGUCGAAUAGAAAUGGAUUUUGCAUUGAGAUGCCUUUUGCGUACGGUGACCUGUCAAGAGUAAAGACGUAUUUAACUUUCUAAACUUCAUAACAUUUUGCAGCCUUGCAUUUUCGUCGCAUAUGCGGUACAUAUAUAAAUGUUUUCGCUGAGCGACCAGGCAAAAUCCACACGUUUCUUUGUCAUGUUGCGCUUGUCCUUUUCGGGGCAUGCAUGCACAGUGCGCUGAACAGAAAAAAAUCACAAAGUAUCGAAAAU